AUGUUGUUGGGUCGCGCCGUGGCAGAGGAAGACCACCUGUUCGUCGACUCCAAUUUAACAAACGCAGAUAUCGCCGCCCCAAAAGAAGCGAGAGGACGCUUCUGCGAUGAUACGGAGUUCGCUUUCGUUGUUUCUGCCGGGUCUUCUUGUCUUGCUGCCUCCAAACGAUCGCCUGGUACAGCCGUGACUGCGCUAGAUGACGGAUAUGGGACAGAGUCUCGUGUCGAAAUGUCCACAAUCGAUCUCGGAAUUGAUGGCGAGUUCUGA